CCUUUAUGGCAAGUUUUUACUAAAAGAAAUACGCUUUGAGUUUGCAAAGCAGGUGCUAUUCGAAGUUCAAACCGGAGAUAAUGCGAGUUGGCAUAUGAAACGCUUAAGUUGAUCAUUUCAAACAUUUCUAUGUGUACAAAUAGAAUGAUUAACACUACAAAGGCGUUGACAUCAAAACCGCCUUUCUAUCUCCAAAAAUUGAAAAUGCAAUUAUGUUUAGUCUGUUUGUGUACUCAGAUGUCUCAAAUGUAAAGCGGUGUGGUUCGAAAACAGUUUGAUAUCUAAGGCCACCAGACAGUUUUUGCUGUUAAAAUGCGUGUGGUGUUAAGAUUACUGUUAUCGUAGAAAAAGCAAGGAAAUUGUCCUGCUUAAACAAUUAUUGAUACAAGUGCGAAAUUGCAUAAGCAGAAGUCUCAAGCUAGAUUGGACAUUAAGAUUAAGAAGAUGAUGAAUUCUAAACAAUCAGCGACAUACGGGAUACAAAGCAUAGGUAUUGAUUAACAUUGAUCUCGAUGGGAGAUUGUUACUUUACUGGGACUUCAGCAUACGUUGGAAGGGCUACAAAUACCAGCUAGAUCUUCGGUGUCGCUUAUUAUUUAUGAGGAGCCCUGAAAAUGAAAUGACAACAAGUCAUAUGUUCAUUUGUCGGUGUUUAACCGCUUUCUCAUUAUCAUCUUUAUAUGAAAGUUUCUUUGUAUUCUGCACCGUUAUUGCUAUACAUUAGCAGGUGUUUUGUAAUCAAUUGUUUACUAAACUUGAAAACAAUACCCCACUCGCCUUGGACACGUUAAUCAACCCUUCUAUUGCUUUCACCUCCACAACGGGAAAGGACAAAAAUUUGAAGAUCUCUAUAAAUUUUUCUACUUACAAAGGUUUUUAAAGCCUUGCUGACUGGAAAGGCAAGGGACACAAUUACUUUAAUUACAGAGGUGUCCAAAGGUGGUUUGAUUAAGAACCGAGUAAGCUUUAAUUUGACCCGCAUAAUCAACUUAGAUGAGAAGAUAUGUCUGCGUAUAACUUCUCUUGCUACUACUUCACGAAGUGGGUACAGUAUGGUCAGCUUCAGUACAAUGAGUUCAUUGUUUUUGCUUUCGUGUAUGUAGUUAUCAUGGUGCCUGCGAUAUUCCUGAACGCUUUAAUCCUCGUCUCCAUCUACCGCACACCUGCAUUGCAAACCCCGAAGAUGACACUCGUGUCUAACCUUGCGUUUUUUGACUUUGGAGUUGGCCUUGUCGCGCAACCAGUGACGAUCGCCUGGAUGGCCGUUGAACUAAGGGCCACGGAAUUACAAGAGACCUACUGCUAUAUGUCGGUUUGGUUUAUGAUCGUGUCCAUAGCGUUUCCUGCGGUGUCUUUUUUCAGUGUUAUAGCAAUUGCUGUGGAUAGAUUUCUUGCCCUCUACUUGCAUCUGCGAUACCACACCGUCGUCACUAUGAAAAAGGCCUUUACGGUCUGUGCAUUUACUUGGGUUUCCUCAAUAAUUUUGGUGACAAUAUGGCUAACAGUAGGAAGAAAGGAUAUGGUUCUGUUCGGUUUGUUAUCAAAUCCCCUAAUUUUCCUCUUCGAGAUGAUUGUUCUUGGCAGUUACUUCCAGAUCUUUAAGAUACUUCAGAAACACAAAAGGCAAAUCCAGUCUGUGCAGGUUACCUUCUCAAGAUCAAGGUCUAGAUCAAGUUCCUUAGAUGAACCUGUUUCUCAGAACACACACCCACAAAACCUUCGUCAAUACAAAAAAUCUCUUAUGAGCUCAUUCUAUAUCUAUCUCACCUUUAUACUCUGCUAUCUUCCACUUUUCAUAACAAUGACUUUCAGCGCAGCGGUAACAACCGAGUACCGGAUCUCUGCAUAUAUGUGGAAAUCUUCUUGUACAAUUCUUGUGAUGAAUUCUGCUAUUAACCCUGCGAUUUACUGCUGGAAGAUGAGAGAACUGCGUAACGCGGUCCGUCAGACAGUGAUGUGGUUGCGAGAGAUGACUGGACUUGCAAGAAAUGAAGGACUGUCCCACCGUCACCAUCCUGCUCAACUCGCUUGGUCACCGAAUUAGUGACUUAUCCAAAAAUUAACGGCACAAGCAAAAUCACUCUCCCUGAGACAGUGUGAUCAAUGCCGAGAGAAUUUGUGGCAGAGAAUUGAGAGUUCCUCUGCAUGAUAAAAGAACGUAAACAUUUUAUAACUUUGCUUAACUUUUCUACAUUGUGACUGUGGCAUUAAGUGACUAUGAUCAUUUAUCUUCGGAGCGAACUAAGUUGAAAUAAUGUAUAUCUUAAUAAUUAAUUUAGUUUGUUAUGAACGAUAGACAUCGCUGGGGCAUGAGGUAAAUCUUCAGGUCGAGUUAUCAUUAUUAUCGCUGCUCGCCGCAUAUUGGAAACCUCUUGAAUUGCCCCCCUAUAUACUACUGAGUUAAACAGAAACAGACUAUCGUUGUACAGGCACAUUUUCAAGACAACUUUGAAUUCACUAGAUAGCUGUAGAAUGAUCAGCUUUCAAAACAUGUUGAUAUAUCAUUUGUAUACUUGUAUAUUGAGACGGGGAUCUAUGACCUUUAUCAAUACAAAUACUGCUUGAAUUGUCCCCUAUAUACUACUUCGGGGAACAAGAACUGAGUGACCUCAUUUAAAAGAACGUCUUUGUUUUUAGGUGUUACUGAAGAUUUUGAAAUUAUAUGUAGUGCUCUGCCGAUAAAUUCAAUUAUGCAAGGGACAAAUUAUCGAGUAAGCAGUGGAUCGAUGAUUUAAAGCUACUUUUUUUCUUUUGACAUCAGAUAUGAACCUAAAUUUUUUUGGAAAUGCGACAAUGAGGACAUGUAAGAUAUGAUAUAGUCAUUUCUAUCGGUUUUCGAUCCAUUUCGUUUUAUCGGGGUAGCGAUUUAUAGAAAGUUUUCAAAAAGACAGACCAACAGCAUUACAAGUAGGGUUUUUCUGAUUAAUAGUACCUAUUGUAAGUUUUGUAAAGAAUUCCUAAUAAAAUAUCACUACUAAAUGAA